AUGAGGCAAGAGGGGGUUGCUGGGCAGCCGGCUGGAUUUGGCGCUAGAGAUGCUGAAGGGUCUGCAGGUCUGACAGAGUUUCAGGUUGGUCAGCAAUUUCCGGAUAAAGAAGAGGCCCUAUUAAGUGUCAAGACUUACAGCAUCCGGCGAGGGGUACAGUACAAGGUCGUGGAGUCUGACUAUCGCCGGUAUGUGGGCAAGUGUUCUGAGUUCGGCAAUGGGUGCACAUGGUUGACUCGGCUCAGUCUCCGACCGCGCAAGGGGAUUUGGGAGGUCAAAUGUUACAACGGACCGCAUACUUGUCUCGCCACCUCCAUUUCCAGCGACCACAGGAGUUUAGAUUACCAUGUGAUAUCGGCAUUCAUUAUGCCAAUGGUUAGGGCUGAUGCAUCCGUCAGCAUCAAGGUGCUCCUAAAUGCCACCGCCGCACACUUUGGGUUUAGGCCGACUUACAGGAAGGUCUGGUUGGCGAAGCAGAAGGCUGUUGCCCUCAUCUAUGGUGACUGGGAUGAGUCGUACAACGAGCUCCCAAGGUGGGUGUUAGGUGCCCGGUUGAUGAUGCCUGGUACUGUUGCAGUGCUAAGGAUGAGCCCUGUUCGUGUCGGUGGACAGUUGGACGAGUCUCGAGCUUAUUUUCACAGACUAUUUUGGACCUUUCUACCAUAUAUCAAGGCAUUCCGUCAUUGCAAGCCCCUAGUUAGUAUUGACGGCACCCAUCUGUAUGGCAAGUAUGGGGGAAUGUUGCUUGUCGCGAUUGCAUAG